AUGACCUUCUCUUGGCCAAAAGGCUAUCUGGAAAACCUGCCAGUUACCCGCCGUCAUGGCAUUUACCCUACUAUCGAUCCUGAGCAGGCUUGGAAAGAACAGAGUUACCAUGACAAGGUGGUCCUCGUCGUGGGAGCCUCGCGAGGUAUCGGACAAAUGGUCGCUCUGUUCUACGCGAAGGCCGGUGCUUCGGUCGCCGUUGCGGGGCGGUACCAGGACACGCUGGACAAAACGAAGGAUAUGAUCAUGAAUGAGAAGACCGAUGCACAAGUCAUGACCUGCUGCGUCGAUGUCAAGGAUAGUGGUGCGGCGCAGGGAGCCGUCCUGUCCGCUGUACAGCGUUGGAAACGCCUUGAUAUCCUAGUGGCCAACUCUGGCGCAAUCAAUCCAUUCGACAAGACAAUGGCGGAACGUGAUCCUGAUGCCUGGUGGGAGGUCUUCACAGUCAAUGUCAAGGGAGUAUACAACUUUGUUCGGGCCAGCGCUCCCUAUCUGAACGAGACCCGAGGGUAUCUUGUGGUCGUCAGCUCCAUAGGCGCUCAGCUUCGAACACCUCUCGGCAGCGAGUAUAAUAUCUCGAAGCACACCCUGAAUAGAUUGGUCGAGUAUGUUGUUCAGGAAAAUACAAAUCUGAUCGCAUACUCCUUCCAUCCCGGAAGCGUCAAGACUGAGCUAUUGAAGGAGUCCAAGCUCGAGGAACUAGGAGCACCGGCAGACGAUCCGCCCGAGCUACCAGCUGCGGUCCUGUUGUAUCUCACCUCUGGUAGAGCAAACUGGUUGAAUGGGCGGUACGUGGAUGCGUCCUGGGAUCUUGAGGAGGUCGAGAGGGUUUGGAAAGACAAGAUACUCGAGGAAGAUCUGCUCGUCAAUAAGCUGGCCGUAUGA